GAAGAUUCGCGGACCAUGCUGAGGCGGUGCUGUUGCAGCUUGCGCUUUGUUUGGACCAACGACAGACCUGACCUUGCACCGCUGCUGCGCACGUUGACAAGAAGCAACAGGAGCAUGUCUUCCCAAAGCGGUGAAGCAGGCCCCAAGCCACCAGUGGCUGAGGGUAAUGCAGAGGAGGUGGCAGAGCCUCGGGUUGACGUUGCAUCCAACCUCGAGGCAGUGCGCGCCCGCGUUGCAGCAGCAGCCAAGAAGAGCGGCAUGCCACAGCCUCGGCUGGUGGCCGUGAGCAAGACCAAGCCUCUGCAGCUGGUUCUGGACGCCUACGAGGCAGGACAGCGCGUUUUUGGCGAGAACUACGUACAAGAGCUGGUUGAGAAGAGCAACGAUCCGAGGGUUCCUGAGGACAUUGAGUGGCACUUUAUUGGGCGCCUGCAGUCGAACAAAUCCAACACCCUUGCACGCGUGAAAAACUUGAAAGUGGUGGAAACGGUGGCAAGUGAGAAGCUUGCGCGCACACUCAACAGAGCGUUUGCCGAGCACGAUGCGCCACUGCGCGUGUUCAUGCAAGUCAACACAAGCGGCGAAGAAAACAAAGGUGGCGUUGAGCCGAGCGACUGCGCCGCCCUCGCUGCAUUCAUCGCCAACGAAUGCGACCACCUCCAAUUGGCGGGACUGAUGACCAUCGGAAUGCUUAAUCGCUCCCUCAAGACAGACGACACAAACGAAGACUUUGAGACGUUGGUGUCGUGCCGUGGCCGCGUUGCCGAGGCGAUUGGGGUCGAUGCAGACGCCCUGGAACUCAGCAUGGGCAUGUCCUCAGACUUUGAACACGCGAUUGAAAUGGGCAGCACGAAUGUGCGGGUUGGCUCGACCAUCUUUGGAGCCCGCCAUUACCCACCGAAGAGCACCUAACACGCCACGUGCGUCGUGGGGGGGGGGGAGGAGACACGACAAUGAAGCCAGCGCUCGCCUCCUUCGCGAGAGAGAGGGAGGGAGGGAGAGUGGGGGAGUGGGAGAGAGGGAGGGAGGGAGAGUGGGGGAGUGGGAGAGAGGGAGAGUGGGAAACACACACAGACACACAGACACAGACACAGACACACAGACACACACACACACACAGACACAGACACACACACACACAGACACACAGACACACACGCAGACACACACACAGACACACACACACAGACACACACACAGACACACACA